UUUAUAAAUUCUAAAUUAUUCUUUGUUUACUAAUAUUCUUUAGGAGUAUUUUCAUUUUUUUUAUUAAAUUAAAAGAAUGUUAUGAGAAUCGGAUUUAUGGCGGUAUUCAAAAGAGCUGGUUGACCAAAGAACUCACUUAAUUGAAGGUUUAGAUAGCAAAAUUUCAUUUUCUCACUAAUUUCACAUUUUCGGUUCGAAGAUUGAUAAAUUCUUGUCAUGAGACAAGAUAAUUGUUAAUUAUUGCUAAGAGAAUAAGUUUAUUUUUAAAUACCACAUUUAAAAUAUGUUAUAACAUUGUUAGGAACUUCGAAUUUUCGUAUUUGUUUUAACGAGUUUCGUUGAUUUUUACAAAAAGUGCGAACCGCAACUAACUUAACGCUGAAUAAUCAUAAGAUUGACAUUUGACAGUAGAUAAAAAAUAAAAAAAAAAUACAUCAGUCCUGUGUUAUCGUUCCAAAUGUAAGCAAUAAGUUUAGAAAACAGCAGAAAUAUACUACUGGAACAAAAUUCAAAAGUUAAAAUAUAUGUACUGCAAAAAAUUUUUAAUUAAUGUAUCGAUGCUAAUGCACUGAAGAUAUUUAAAUCAGUUAUUAUUGUUCAAUUGCAAAAUCACUUUCAUCGAAUAUCUAUCCGAAAUUUGCUACAGAAAAAAAACACUAGUCAAUGCUAUUAUAAAAUAAUCUAAAUUACAUCAACUAAAAUAUAAGUGUGUCUACUUAAUUAUUAUAAGUUCAUGAAACUACAAGUCAUGAAGAAAUAUCAGGACAGACCCGGUUAAAAGACGAUGAAUAUCAUUUAUUAUUUUUAAAUAGAUACAAUAAUAACUCACCAUACCUUCGGUGAAAACUACUAAUUACUGUGAUCCCUGACGCACACACAACAGCAUUUACCAAUGACCGUAACUUGCAUCCAAGCAAUGGAGGUACAAGUAAAUUCCCAUCAGCAAGGCACAAGCGCGGGCAAUAUUUACGCUGAGAAUCACGAAGAUAAAACCAAAGAAGACGAUGGCAUGAUAAUACUUGCGAGGAAUGCACAUUUUCGCAAUGUGUCGAAUUCCGAUAAUGAAGACGAAGAAGAACAUGCUGGAACGAGUGCGACAUUUGUUCUGCGAGAGGAGAAAAAAUUGUUACCUGCGCAAGAACCACAUCAUCUCGUGACAUGGUUAAGUGAUGAUGAAAUAGAUCGUUUGGAUUUGGCCACCUUAGACAUUGGAAACAUGUUCAAUCGAGUCGAUAGCAAAGAAAUAAUAUAUCAACAAAAAAAGAAAAACAUUAAAAUGGUUGGAAAAUAUGUUAUGGGCGAUAAAUUGGGUGAGGGUUCGUACGGUAAAGUUAAAGAAGUAUUGGAUUCAGAAAAUCUGUGCCGUCGUGCAGUGAAAAUAUUAACUAAACACAAACUGCGGCGUAUUCCCAAUGGACAGCAAAAUGUGCAGCGUGAAAUACAGUUACUUAAAAAUUUACAUCAUAAAAAUGUAGUGGCACUGCUCGACGUACUGUACAAUGAUAAAAAGGAAAAGAUGUAUUUGAUAAUGGAGUAUUGUGUAGGAAACUUACAGGAAUUGGUUGAUAGUGCACCUGAAAAAAAACUACCUCUGUUUCAAGCGCACCGUUACUUUGUACAACUUAUUAACGGUUUGGAAUAUUUACACGGGUGUCGUGUUAUACACAAAGAUAUAAAACCAGGCAAUUUGUUAUUAACACUAAAUCAGACAUUAAAGAUUUCCGACUUUGGUGUAGCAGAGCAAUUAAAUUUGUUUGCUGAAGAUGAUACUUGCACAACUGGCCAAGGUUCACCAGCAUUUCAACCGCCAGAAAUCGCUAAUGGACUGGAAGCAUUUUCUGGUUCAAAAGUAGACAUCUGGAGCAGUGGAGUGACACUUUACAACAUUUGCACGGGUUUAUAUCCCUUCGAAGGCGAUAAUAUAUAUAGGUUACUUGAGAAUAUUGGUCGAAAUCAGUGGAUACCACAAGAAUGGCUAUAUGACUAUGAUCCUCAAUUAGCAGUAUUAAUAUUAGGCAUGCUUCAGGCAAACGCAUCAUAUCGGUUUACUAUACGCCAAAUUCGUGCUGAUCCUUGGUUUAUGUCACUACCGGAAGAAAAUGUUAAACCCAUCCCUAUACCGCCUUUAAAGAAUGACAAAUAUCGACGAUCUACAGUACUGCCUUAUUUAGAUGCUUAUCAUUAUGAGACAGAACGAGAUUUAGAAGAGGUUUACUUCACUGAACAUGAUUUAAACCAGGAACUUGCACGUCAAGCUGCCGUGGCUGCAGCUGAAAUCAAGGCACAGCAAAAACAGCAAAUGACAGCCGAUGCAGGCUCAUUAAGUGGCGCGGUUGGUUGUAUUGGCGGUAGUAGCUCCGGAGCCGGAGUAUGCAACCUGACCUCAAACAAUGUCAAAGAGAAGAAAUCAUCAUCGUUCAAGCGACGAGCAAAGAAGCUAACCUCCUGUAUUUCAGUCCGAAAACUUACCAGUUGCCGGCCGUCCUAGAGUGGUGACGGCAGAUCAGAAGUGAACAUACCUGUUGUGCGAUUCGCAGCAAAAAUUUGCAUUCGAUAUAUUUUAAACAGUUCAAUUGUAGUGCUAGUAUAUAUAUUUUUUGAUCUUUAAUAUUAUAAAUCCCCCUCUUAUUUUAUUAUUUAUAUAAAAGCAUUAUGACUAGGAUUUAUUUGCUUUUUAAUAUGCGUAUUUAUUGAAACUAGUGAAUUUGUUGUAUUUCAGUCGCCUUAGCCUUAUUUAAAA